AUGUCUGACGGCAGAGAACACAAGAGAGAUGUUAAGAACCAUCUCCUUUUCGAGAUUUCAACAGAGGUUGCAAACAGAGUUGGUGGUAUCUAUUCGGUUAUCAAAUCGAAGGCCCCAAUCACUACUGCCGAGUAUGGUGAACGUUACUGUCUGAUUGGACCUCUCAACCGCACUUCUGCUGCGGUUGAAGUUGAAGCUAUCGAGCCAACAAACCCUGCAUUGAAGGCAACAUUAGCUUCAAUGUCAGACCGUGGUAUUCAAUAUGUGUACGGAAGAUGGUUGAUUGACGGUGCCCCAAGAGUUCUUCUCUUUGACACCGGCACUGGUUACAAGCAUUUGGACGAGUGGAAGGCGGAUUUGUGGAGCACUGCUGGAAUCCCUUGCCCGCCUGGAGAUUCUGAGACCAAUGAGGCAAUUGUUUUUGGUUAUUUGGUCGCUUGGUUCCUUGGAGAGUUUGUGAGCAACGAGACUUCGAAGGCGGUCAUUGCUCAUUUCCAUGAGUGGUUAGCUGGUGUUGCUCUUCCCCUCUGCCGCAAACGACGCAUUGACGUCACUACUAUCUUCACAACCCAUGCGACCCUUCUUGGACGUUACCUCUGUGCAGGUUCAGUAGAUUUUUACAACAACCUUCAGUACUUUGAUGUCGACGCGGAGGCAGGCAAGCGAGGAAUUUACCACCGUUACUGUGUCGAGCGUGCGGCCACCCACUCAUGCGAUGUCUUCACCACCGUUUCCCAUAUCACGGCGUACGAGUCGGAGCAUUUGCUGAAGCGCAAGCCCGACGGUGUUCUUCCUAAUGGUCUUAAUGUCAUCAAAUUUUCUGCUAUGCACGAGUUCCAGAACCUACACGCUCAAUCCAAGGAGAAGAUUAACGACUUCAUCCGGGGACAUUUCUAUGGUCACAACGAUUUCGAUUUGGAAAAUACUCUAUAUUUCUUCACUGCAGGACGUUAUGAAUACCGUAACAAGGGAGUGGAUAUGUUUAUCGAGUCUCUUGCUCGUUUGAACCACCGCCUCAAGAUCUCUGGCUCAAAGACUACAGUUGUCGCAUUUAUCAUUAUGCCCGCGCAGACACAUUCCUUGACCGUUGAAGCUUUGAAGGGACAGGCCGUCAUUAAGGCUUUGAGGGAAACUGUGGACAGUGUUGAGAAGGGUAUUGGAAAGAGGUUGUUUGAGCGCGCUUUGAGGUGGCAUGAUGGCGACGUUGCUCCUGGGGAGAAGGACUUGAUGAGCAGCCAAGAGAAGGUUAUGCUUAAGCGAAGAGUGUUUGGUUUGAAGAGAAAUUCGCUGCCUCCAAUUGUCACACACAAUAUGCUUGAUGAUAGCAAUGACCCAAUCUUGAACCAGAUCCGCCGGGUACAACUAUUCAACCACCCUUCGGAUCGUGUCAAAGUCAUUUUCCACCCCGAAUUCUUGAACUCUUCAAAUCCUGUGCUGUCCCUCGAUUACGACGACUUUGUGCGCGGAACACAUCUAGGCGUUUUCGCUUCUUACUACGAGCCAUGGGGUUACACUCCUGCUGAGUGCACUGUCAUGGGUGUACCUUCGAUUACCACCAAUUUGUCCGGGUUCGGUUGUUACAUGGAGGAGCUUAUCGAGAACGCCUCCGAUUACGGUAUCUACAUUGUAGAUCGUCGCAUGAAGGGUGUCGAUGACUCCGUUAACCAGCUUUGCGAGUACAUGUACGAUUUCACGGUGAAGAGCAGGAGACAAAGAAUCAACCAGAGGAACAGGACAGAACGAUUGAGCGAUCUUUUGGACUGGAAACGAAUGGGAAUGGAGUACGUGAAGGCUAGGCAGUUGGCUUUGAGAAGAGCCUACCCCAACUCUUUCGAUUCCAAGGAGCCAUUCCCAUUCUUUGACGGCACGGAACAAAAGGUUUCACGUCCGUUGUCUGCGCCAGGAUCUCCAAGAGACCGCUCUGGUAUGAUGACUCCUGGUGACUUUGCAUCACUGCAGGAGGGUAUGGAGGGACUCAACACCGAAGACUACGUCGGAUGGAGGCUUCCUGAGGAGGAAGACCCAGAUGAUUACUCUUUCCCCUUGACCCUUAGAAACCCCAAGAGACCUGUUGUUGCAAAUGGCGAGAGCGAUGCUUAG